AUGGAAGCCGCCAAAAAGGAACGUACGGCGAUGCGGACCGCAUUCACCAAGGCACACAACGGUUUCCAAACGAAGAUGACUGGUAAUCUGUCUAAGGAGGAUAAGUUGAUCGCCUUUCAACUGCUGGAGUUGAAAAUGGUGGAGCUGGACGCUGCACAAUCUAAAUACAACCAAUUCCUUUUCAAAUCAGACGCUUCAGACGAAACAAUUGCCAAGGAGAUGGAGGCGGACGAGCCAUAUAGGACGUUAUUCGUCACUGCAAAAUUAAAGAUGGCGAAUCUGGAUUCUCCUCAGGCGGGACCGAGCCACGUGGUUUCUAUGAUGGCGGACAGAAAAACCAUAAAGCUUCCCACUAUAGAGUUGCCUAAAUUCAGCGGUAAAAUUAAAGAAUGGCUCCCCUUCUGGAGCCAGUUUAAAAAAGUUAACGAUGAUAGUACAAUCAGUGGAGAAGAUAAAUACCAGUAUCUAAUCCAAGCCACUGUCCCCGGCUCACGAGCCAACGAUAUCGUUAACAGUUUUCCUCCGACGAGGGAAAAUUACCAAAAGGCUGUGGACACUUUGAAGAGUCGUUUUGGCCGUGAUGAUCUGCUCGUGGAGUUCUACGUCAGAGAACUUUUGGGAUUAGUCCUUCAAAAUGCCUUAAAAGGAAAUAAGAGACCAGCAUCGUUAGCUAGUUUAUACGACAGGCUGGAAUCCUUCAUAAGGUCGUUGGACACUCUUGGCGUCACGAAAGACAAAUGUACGGCCAUGUUAUUCCCUUUGGUCGAGUCUUCACUUCCGGAAGAAACGCUCCGGGCUUGGCAGAGAAGCGGACAGAGGGGAGCAAUCGAGGCGGAGGGUCAGUCAACUGAUCGUCUAUCGAAGCUGCUCGAAUUCCUACGUUUAGAAGUCGAAAACGAGGAGCGGAUUGACUUGGCACUCACCGGGUUUGGUUUGUCAUCGGAAGCAGAAGCAUCGAGGAAGCCGAAGGGUAAAGUAGACUCAACGAAAGAUGUACCUAGUGCAAAUGUCCUUUUAGUAUCUAAAUCUGAGAAAAAACGUAUCUAUGAUAGAGAGAUUAGUGUAAGUGUCAGUGUAGAUGAAAUGGAAAAUCAGAAUACGUUAACAACUCUGUCUGAUUUUCCGAAGGUUUGUUUACAAACGCUGCGGGUCGAAUUAUUUUCGCCAUUUAAAAAGAAAAUUGUGAGAGCGGUAAUAGACACGGCAUCGCAGCGUUCUUACAUUCGUACUGAUGUCGCACGGGAGUUGCAAUAUGUUCCGACGGGAAAAAUAACGGUCACGCAUUCUUUGUUUGGUGGCGCGAAAUCGGAAAGAAGAAAUCUUGAUGUAUUUUUAAUUCAUGUGCGAAAUUUAGAUAACACUUAUUCAUGCAAUUUUUCCGUUCUGGAACAAAAGAUUAUUUGUGACACAAUUUCGGGCCCAAAAAGUGACUCGUGGGUAGAGGAACUGCGUAAGAAUAAUAUCGUAUUGUCGGAUAUAGAUAGUAAAAGCAAUAAAAUAGACGUUCUGAUAGGCGCGGAUGUGGCCGGAAAAUUGAUGACCGGAAAGAAAUAUGUUUUGCAAAAUGGUUUGACUGCUUUUGAUACGUUAUUGGGGUGGACUGUAAUGGGAAAAUUACCGGUAAAUUCGAAAAGUAUAGAUUCUGCCACAAUGAUUACCACGUUGCUUGUGCGCGAGGCUAGAGUAACCGAUCUGUGGGAAUUAGACGUAAUCGGUAUUACAGAUCCGAUCGAAAAAUUGGAAAAGGCUAAAAGAGAUGACAAGGUCUGGGAAUUUUUGAUAAAUACGACGAAAUUGACUCAGGAAGGUCGGUACGAAAUUAAGUUGCCAUGGGUGGAAAGUCACAUUCCCAUUCCUAGUAAUUAUGAUAUAGCAUGUAGUAGGUUAAAGAGUUGCAUUUUUAAACUUAAAAAGCAAAAUUUGUACGAGGCUUAUGGUGAAAUUUUUAAAGAAUGGUUAGCGGAAAAUAUCAUUGAAAGAGUUCCAGAAAAUGAAAUGGAAAGUAUUAGUCAUUAUCUUCCGCAUCGCCCGGUGGUGAAGGCUGAGGGAACGACAAAGAUAAGACCUGUCUUCGACGCAUCGGCUUGCGCAAAGGGGAACCCUUCCCUAAACGUUUGCUUGGAGCGGGGGCCUAAUUUGAUUGAGCAAGUGACAUCGUCUCUGAAUAGAUUCCGAGAAGGGGAAAUCGGGGUGGUCUCUGAUAUAAGAAAGGCUUUCUUGCAGAUAGUUGUGAAUAAGGAAGACAGAGACUACCUCCGAUUUCUCUGGAUGGAAGGAGAUAGAUUGGUAACAUUUAGACAUUGUCGCGUGGUGUUCGGUCUCGCUUGUAGCCCAUUUCUAUUAGCAGCUAUCCUUGCAAUUCUUGUGGAAUCAGCCACAAAACAGGCAAAAAAUGAUUUGCAUUGCGGAUGGUCUGUAGAAACUGUAGAAAGAUUGAGAAAUGGAUUUUACGUAGACAAUUGCGUUGUUAGUGUAGAGUCGAGUCAGGAACGGGAUAAAUUUGUCAAAGAAGCCACAGCAAUGUUAGCAUCGGGGGGUUUCGACCUUAGAGGUUGGGAAAGUUCGGGAGAUUCUGAAGGCAGUGAAUGCUCACUUGUCUUGGGAGUUUUAUGGAAUAAAAAACAUGAUUCAAUAUCAAUUAACCCGAACGCUUUGAACCUAGAAGAUACACGUGUUGUCACGAAACGAAACAUUCUAGCCGCGACGCACAAAUUAUAUGAUCCUUUUGGAAUAACGUGUCCGGUAUCGCUUUUGCCAAAAUUGAUUUUGCGUAAAUUAUGGGACAACAAAAUGGGUUGGGACACCGAAAUUGAGGAAGGUCAAGAAGAAUUCUUACUGUGGGAAAGUAACCUGUCAAUGUUGAAACAGAUAAAAAUUCCGCGUAAACUGGGACGCGGCGAGUUAACAUUACACGUUUUUGGAGAUGCAAGCGGGUCAGCUUAUGCUUCGGUGGUUUUUGCGCGGACUGAGUACGAAGGUUCAGUUACCGUUAGGUUGUUAAAUGCAAAAUCCAGAGUGGCCCCGAAAAAUGCGACUAUACCACGACUAGAAUUAAUGGCCGCUACUAUUUCGGUUAGAUUAGCGAAUACUGUGACUCAAUCAUUAACGAGACCCAUUUUAAAGACGACAUACUGGACAGAUUCUACGACAGUAUUAGCGUGGAUCAAAAGAGAGUCACAAUGGAAUACUUUUGUUUAUAACAGGGUUACCGAAAUUCGAACUAAUAGUAAUCGGGAGGAUUGGAAAUUCGUACCGGGCGAAUUGAAUCCCGCAGAUUUACCUUCGCGAGGUUGUUGUUCGUCAAGAUUAGUAGAAUCCGAAUGGUGGGCGGGGCCUGAUUGGCUUUAUAAAUCGGAUUCCGAGUGGCCCACGGGAAACGCUGAAAUUAAAGAGGACGAGAUAAGAGGCGAAAUAAAAAAGGGGCCUAUAGUUCAGAUGGCAAAUAUUGAAAAAUCUGACUUUGAAGUCGGAAAAUAUUUCGCGUCUUAUUCUCGUUUAUGUAAAUUUUUAGCAUGGAUGAGGAGAUUCUUGGAAAAUAGGCGGGCAAUUAUAGAAAGAAAGAAAAACGAUAGAGAUUUUAGGGCACCGUAUUUGAGCGAGACAGAGCGUAAACAACUGCACUUGACACCAGGAGAAAUAAAAAUUGCUGAAAAGAAUUUGCUUAAAUAUUUACAAGAAAGAAUGUUCUCAGGUGUCAAUGCAGAUCAACUGUCCUCAUUUAAAACGUUUUUAAAUGAGGACGGUAUACGGGUCUUGAAAACAAAAAUUGACAAUCGAGUUGAUAGCUUUCAGUUCCGAUGUCCCAUAUUGCUGGAUGGAAAAGAUGAAACGAUUCAGUUACUGGUUCGCGAAACGCAUGAAAAGUUGGGACAUGCAGGAACUUUAAUGAUCAUGAGUAUCCUCAGAGAGCGCUUUUGGAUAACGUCAUUGCGUAAGGUGAUAAGAACCAUUCUAUCAAAGUGUGUAGUCUGUAAAAGACACCACGCGAAAAGAUUAGAAUGCGAACCGCCACCUUUACCCCUUAACCGUGUACGCGACGCGGCAGUUUUUGAAGUCGUGGGAGUAGAUUUUGCUGGCCCGUUGUUUGUUAGGGGGGGAGGAAAGGCGUGGAUUUGUAUAUUUACAUGCGCGGUGUACAGGGCGGUCCACUUUGAGCUGGCCACGUCGUUGUCAGUAGAAGGCUUUCUCGAGUGUUUUCGAAGAUUUAUAGCAAGGCGAGGACGACCUCGGGAUGUUUACAGCGACAAUGGUACAAAUUUUGUUGGUACCAAUAAUGCAUUCAAGUUCUUGGAUUGGCAAAAAAUCGUGAAUCAAGGCGCGUUGUCGAAGAUAGCGUGGCACUUCAGCCCUCCUUCAGCUCCGUGGUGGGGAGGGUGGUGGGAGAGACUGAUCGGGAUUAUGAAAAGAAUCUUGCGAAAGACACUUGGAAAAGCGAGUUUGUCGUUCCCAGAAUUGUACACAGUACUGUGCGAUGUGGAGUCUAUUGUUAAUUCACGACCGUUGACUUAUGUGUCCGAGGAUCCCGAUGAUCUUGUUCCUUUAUCACCAUCGGUCUUCCUACAAGAAGUCAGAGAAAUAGGGGUUUUGGACUGCGACAUGCUAUACCAUUCAAAAUUAAAUAAGAAAGCUAAAUAUAGACUUAAUAUUUUGAAAGAUUUGCGCACAAGAUUUCGGACCGAGUACUUGGGUCAAUUGGUAAUAAAAAAUUCGAAAGAAGAGUCGCGUAAAAUAAAACCAGGCGAUGUUGUGUUAAUUGGUGACGAUUUGCACAGGCGGUUGGACUGGCCUCUCGCUAGAGUCGUGGAAAUGUAUCCUGGGCGUGAUGGAAAUGUCAGAGUGGCAUUAUUGAAAACUAAAGACGGGCUGCGUAAACGAGCAUUGCAAAGAAUUUUCCCAUUAGAAGUUCCACAGGACGAAGUUGAUGUGCAGAAUUUGUGUAAAAGAAUGAGUGACUCUGUAAAUGCCACUAUCAGCAUAGCAGUAGAGGGACUUUUUCUGGGAAUUUCGACAAAUGGUGCAUAA